UUAAUUUCGGACAGGAUGGGCAGGAAGAAGGAAAGGUCCGGUGUGUGCCCAAACCGCAGCGUGUCCUGUCACUUAUUCCCACAGUUUGGCAUUGGACAACGGCCGGAGGUGGAGCAAAGACCAAACGGAAAGUGCCAUCGUUACAGUCCCUGCUUUCCUCUUUCUGCCUCAAAGGCCGUGGGACCCCAGCCCCAGCCAUGGAGCGGAGAUGACCGCAUCUACGCUGCACUGUUUGCAAAACUGAAGGAGUUGCUGGUGAGGAGGGCAUCAGAUGGAGAUCCUCCAGCACCUUUUCUGGACGGACAACGGUACUAUGAACAGGGCUUGUAUGAAGAAGCAUUAACGCAAUUUAAAAAAAUUGAGGAUACAGAUUUUCAAGCCAUGUUUCAGCUUGGUGUAAUGUAUUAUGAUGGACUAGGCACUGAAAAAGACCCUGAAAGGGCAGUGGAAUACAUGAAUAAAAUACUCAACUCUGAUUCUCCAAAAGCAAGACACCUGAAGGUUGCAGCUGCAUACAAUCUUGGCAGGGCGUAUUAUGAAGGAUGUGGUGUUAAGCAUUCAACGGAAGAGGCUGAAAGGUUGUGGCUUAUUGCUGCAGACAAUGGAAAUCCAAAAGCAAGUGUAAAGGCUCAGAGUACUUUAGGAAUGCUUUAUUCUAUGCCAGUUCUAAAAGAUCUGAAGGAGGCCUUUUUCUGGCAUUCAGAAGCAUGUGGCAAUGGAAAUCUGGAAUCACAGGGAGCACUUGGCAUUAUGUAUCUCUAUGGACAAGGUAUACGUCAAAACACUAAAGCUGCUUUGAAGUGCUUGAGAGAAGCAGCAGAACGUGGAAACAUCUAUGCUCAAGGCCAUCUUGUAGAAUAUUAUUACACUAAAAAAUUUUACUCAAAAGCUGCUGACCUAGCCAAAAGGACCACAGAAAACAAUGACAUCAAUAUGCUAGCCAAGAAAGCUGAUUGCCAUCCAACAUAUGUAGCCAAGGGGGUUGCUAUGGCUGCUUUCUACUUGGCUAGAUGCCUCCAGCUUGGCCGAGGCAUAAAGCAAGAUCAAGAUGCUGCUAAAAAAUACUAUUCUAAGGCCAUUCAGAGCUGUACAUGGAGAAUAUUCCCUGUGAUUCCUAAAGCUGCACAUGGACAACUGGGAAGACAAAUCUGAGGCCCAGAUUUCACAUAUCUGUGUAAAAAAGCUGCAGCAGAACCCAGACAGAAUACAAAGCACCAGCUUGAAUGCCUGAAGAUAUGCCUGUUUCUCAGUGCAGCUCUUUGGGGAACUGCCUAUCUCCUGCCAGAGUACUGCAGACAGAUGCUCGAACAGCCUCCAAAAUACAGUUUAGAGAAACAUGGCCCAGAAGAAUUGGGAUUGUGUGGGACAGUCUCUACCCUGUGUACCCCUGAGCUAGAUUGGAUCUGUGCUCACCUACAAGCUGCAAACACCUCCUGGCUGCAACUUUUGAAUACUGGGAGAUCAGUGCUGAAAUUGCUGAUUAGAGUCAUGCCUAUCAUUCUCCAUUCUGCAUUUGUUCAUAGGGCAAGGAUUUGCAUGUGUGUAGGGUCAUCUGAACUGUAAUUGUGAGGAGAGAGUCACUGCUCUAGAAGCAUAUUCUCAGAAUGAGAGGACUUAGUACUCCUGCUUCAAGUUAGGAUCCAUGCGCAAAAUUAUUUAAAUUCUGAUUACUAGAUGGAGACAUAUUCCAACUUUCUUCAAGUACCCUCAAAUUCUCUCAUAUAAAUACUGAAAGUCUUCAGAAUCUUUCUAAGAAUGCAAAAUUCUUGAUCAACUUAUGUACUUGUGCAUUUGUUUUUCCAAAUUAAUGAGUCAACUGGAAAACAGAAAGAUGGGAUGUUAGGAGGUCUUCUAAACCAGGAGAACUAGUCCUCUGCUGUUAACAGGCACCAUCUCAUACAACUGCUAUCAUGAAUAAAUUCAAACUAGAGAGCCCUAUUCCUCUGAUUCUCUCCCUUCUGCUAAGUUAAGCAAAUGAAAGUGCUUUCAGAAUCACUUCUCAUGGGAGAAGUUCCUCACUCAAGGCCACUUAUGCCCAAAUGGAAAAGCAGAACAAGACAAAAAAAAAAAUGUAACUUCAUCUUACAGAUACAAAGCACUUUCUUUCUGGGUAUUCUAGUCCUCUGAAACUGUACUGCUAUUAAAUAUAAUACUAUAAAACAAUGAGUGUAAGUACCGCAUCUUUGAGACACAGCAGAGACACAACUGCACCGAAGUGCAAUAGCAUGGUAAUAUAACAAAAGACAGUUCUCAUGAAAAACAAUGCCUCUAAGAUAGCAAACUGUCAAAAGCAGUUUAUGUUCAUGGAGGUAAUUUUUAUAACUCCAUCACAACUGUGUUUGAAGAACAGAAAUUUUGUAUAUGCAUCACAGUAGCCACUGGGAAACAAGAGGAACUCAGAAGAGGGUUCCUUCCCCCACAAGUCAGUAUUAAGUAUAAACAGUGUACACAAAGGUAUAAGGAAAGUAGCUAUGCAUUUUUCCUCCACUUUUCAUGCAAGUUUGAACUGACCCAG